AUGAUACUUGCUUCUCAAGCAAACACUGAACAACAUCGAUUUCACACAGUAGUAAUCUUUGGUGAUUCGCUUUCAGACACCAACAAUGUUUAUAAGUUAACAAAUGGCACAUGGCCUAUCGUACCACCAUAUCACCAAGGUCGAUUUAGCAACGAUUCCAUUUGGGUAGAUAGAUUGAGAGUAUCGAAUGUAAAGAAUUAUGCCUAUGGAGGUGCAACAACCGACAAUACAGUGGUUCAAGGAUAUACAAAAUCAGAUACAGUACCUGUACCUGGCAUUCGUCAACAAAUUGAAAUUUAUAUAAAUAGUGCUAAAGAACGAACUAUUGACUUUGUACAUACACUCUAUAUCGUGUCGGGUGGUGGUAACGAUUUUGUUUUUAGUAAGAUUCCAAAUCCAUUUGUAGUUGUUAAUGGUCUGUCAAAUGCAAUUGAUGACCUUAUUGCCUUUGGUGCGCAACAUAUUCUUGUUUUCAAUCAACCACCCGCCCAAGCUUUUCCAUAUAUUCAUGCACUCGGUCUUGACUUCGUUUUUAAAAACCUCACAUUACUAUUCAAUACCAUUCUCUCCCUUCGUCUAAAGAGAACUCAGAAAGACAACUCACAAGUGUCUUUGACAGUGUUUAAUAUCUAUUCGAUCAUUAAGAAAAUUAUAGACAAUGAGUUAGGACAAUUUACUAAUAUCGUCGAUCAAUGUUGGGAUACAGUGAAUGGCACUUCUGUUGUAAUGCACGGUGCAGAUCCAUCAAAAUAUGUGUUCAUUGACAAGUUUCAUUUUACAUCCAGUGUACACGAAAUAAUCGCCGAUGUCGUUAAUAACUUCAUUUCAAAUGAACAGUUUUCAUUCCUAUAUCCUUCGAUUUAG